UCAGCGCACACAGAGCGCACACACCCUCCCAUCACCAGUAUUUCCUCUCCUUGGCGGACCAACAUCGCGCAGUUUCACGCUCCCUCCACCUCAGCCAGCUGUUUUCUUGAGGAAUAAACAGACAGCAGGGACACUUCUUCCUCCUCUUCUUCUUUUUCAUCAUCGCAGCUUUUCUUUUUUGGCGCUUUAGCUUGUCUGUGUCUUGUCAUCAUUAUAUAUAUAUAUAUAUAUAUUUUUUUUCUCAUCUGGUUGAAUUUGCUCUGAGAUGGAAACGAGAUGUCGUCCAGCGGUGAUGUGUUGUGUCCUCGCCGUCCUCUGCUCCGUGGUCCCCCGCUCGCUGGGGUCCUCUUACAGGGACAGGCAGUACCUGAACGAGUGGGCAGUGGAGAUCCCGGGCGGGCUGGACGCUGCGGAGGCGAUCGCCCGAGAGCUGGACUACCAGCUGGUCCGACAGAUUGGGGCCCUGCAAGACCAUUUCUUGUUCAGACACCGCAAUCAUCCUAGCAGAAUGAAACGAAGCGCCGAGCACAUCACCAGGCGCCUGUCGGAGGAUGAUCGCGUGCUGUGGGCAGAGCAGCAGUACGAGAAGCGUCGCAACAAGCGAGCGUCCCUCAGGGAGUGCAGGGACUGCCCGGUGGAUAAGCUGUUUGAUGAUCCCAUGUGGAACCAGCAGUGGUACCUGCAAGACACGCGGACGUCCUCCUCGCUGCCAAAGCUCGACCUGCACGUGAUCCCCGUGUGGCAGAAAGGCAUCACGGGGAAGGGAGUGGUCAUCACCGUCCUGGAUGACGGGCUGGAGUGGAACCACACGGACAUCUACUCCAACUACGACGCAGCCGCCAGCUACGAUUUCAACGACAACGACCCAGAUCCUUUCCCCAGAUACGACUCCACUAAUGAGAACAAACAUGGGACCAGGUGUGCUGGGGAGAUCGCUAUGCAGGCAGACAACAACAAAUGUGGCGUUGGAGUGGCAUACAACUCCAAGGUUGGAGGGAUUCGUAUGUUGGAUGGGAUUGUGACUGACGCCAUCGAGGCCAGCUCUAUUGGGUUCAAUCCGGACCAUGUGGACAUCUACAGUGCCAGCUGGGGACCCAACGAUGACGGCAAGACAGUCGAGGGCCCUGGCCGUCUGGCCCAGAAGGCAUUUGAAUACGGCAUCCAGAAGGGCCGUGGUGGGAAAGGCUCGAUCUUUGUUUGGGCGUCGGGUAAUGGUGGCCGCCAGGGCGAUAACUGUGACUGUGACGGCUACACAGACAGCAUCUACACUAUCUCAAUCAGCAGUGCCUCCCAGCAGGGCCUGUCCCCGUGGUACGCUGAGAAGUGCUCCUCCACUCUGGCUACAGCAUACAGCAGUGGAGACUACACCGACCAGAGGAUUACGAGUGCAGACCUGCACAACGAGUGCACUCAGACUCACACUGGAACAUCAGCCUCUGCCCCCCUGGCUGCUGGAAUAUUUGCCCUGGCACUGGAACAGAAUCCUGAUCUGACCUGGAGAGACCUGCAGCACAUUGUGGUCUGGACAUCAGAGUUUGAUCCUUUGGCCAAUAACCCGGGCUGGAAGAGGAACGGAGCAGGGUUGAUGGUCAACAGCCGCUUCGGGUUCGGCCUUCUCAACGCUAAAGCCCUGGUGGACCUCGCUGACCCAGCCACCUGGAAGCAUGUGCCUGAAAAGACGCAGUGUAUUGUCAGGGAUGACUCUUUCCAGCCCAGGGAGCUGAAAGCAGCAGGGGAGAUCACUAUAGAGAUUCCAACCAAGGCCUGUGCGGGGCAGGAGAACGCAGUCCGCUCAUUGGAGCACGUGCAGGUGGAGGCCAGCAUCGAAUACACCAGGAGAGGGGACCUGCACAUAACCCUCACCUCCCCAUCCGGUACCAGCACGGUGCUGCUGGCUGAGCGAGAGAGGGACACGUCCGCCAAUGGCUUCAGAAACUGGGACUUCAUGUCGGUCCACACGUGGGGAGAAGAUCCAGCUGGAACGUGGUUGCUAAAGAUUACAGACACUUCGGGCCGUAUGGAGAACGAGGGCCGCAUUCUGAACUGGAAGCUGAUUCUUCAUGGAACGUCAGAGAAGCCAGAGCACAUGAAGAAACCCAGAGUGUACACUCCCUACAACGCCGUGCAGAAUGACCGCCGCGGUGUGGAGCACAUGGAUGACAUGAUGGAGGAGCCCACACAGGCUUUACCACAUCCAAAGACUGAGACUGCACAAACCUCCCUUCCGUCAAACCCAGAAAAGGAGCCCAAAAAGCCCUCAAGUUCACCCUACUCGCCCUCCCUGGCCCUGCUGCGUCUCCUUCAGACCGCCUUCAACAGGCAGCUCCCUGCCCUGCAGCAGCCCCGGUCAGAAGCCAGGCCCUCCUCCACCUGGAAGAAGCCGCAGCCGGGCCGGAGCCUCUCUCCACCUGCGACGAGACUCCCCCCUCAGAUGUUGUACCAGGCUCUGGACAUGAUCAACAAGUACCGGGGCCCACAGGACAGUGUCUACAGCGACUACGCUGAUGGCUUCUACAACACCAAGCCGUACAGGCACCGAGACGACCGACUGCUGCAGGCCCUGUUUGACAUGAUAGAUGACGACCGCAAGUGAAGGCCCUGGGGGGAGGAGAGGAGAGGAGGGGAGGGGAGGGGAGGGGAGAAGAGAAGAAAGAAAUAUGCUAAAAAGGAAGCAUGGUUAUGUGUUGGUUGAGGAGCAGAGGAACAAGGCGAAGAGAGGAGAGAAAGCAGAGGGAUGGGAUCUGGCAUUAGAGGAGUGGAGGAGACGAGAAGAAACACAGGAAAGAGGAACUCUUUCACUCAGCUCUGUUUUGUUUUUUUUUUAGGUUUUCCCAAAAAUGCUGCAAAUCUGAUCUUUACCGUCAUUUGCCAAUCACCAUUCAUCAGUUACUCCUUUUAAAUCAGUCAUGCUAGACCGUCCAGACCACACAGGAACAUGGACUUGUUUAGAGCCUCUCUGCUACAAACUGUAUCUCCAUGUUGUGAAAGUGAAAGCAUUUAAAUCACCGGAAAGGAGAAGAAGCCCUUGUCUCUCUUCUCUUCACUGCCUGCUCAAGCAUGCCACCUUUAGAAAUAUAAGUUUUGUAUUAGUAUCUAUAUAUUAUCUAUAUAUAUUAUACAAAGACAAUGAUUGUAACAUGGUUUUGACAACACUUGACAGCUGAAAUCUUCACUCUCAAAGAUCCUGUUUUUCUUUGUGUUUUGUCAUUUUUCAUUAGUUCCCCCCCAGUAUGUUUGAUUAUGAUAUGACACCUGCUCACUUGAUUCACCUUAGGAGGACAAAUGUAUCCUUCCUUCCUAUCCGACAUAAUGUUUUAAUUAGAGUCAGCAUACAUUCAAAAUGAAAGGAGAAAAAAAAGGUUAAAUUGGUCAUCAAUUUGAAAUGUUUUAACUUUGUCGACAAAGAUUUAUUCUCAGGGUGUCAACAAAGCUCAAGAGAGUCGCAGAACCAAGCUCUGGAUUCUUUGAAGUAUUAAGAGAAAUAUACAACGAGUGAAAUGAGACGAUAAAGUUGUAUCGAUACACUAUUAAAAAAAGAUUUUAAAAGUACAAAACAUCACCAGCCUCUACUCUGGUGAUGACGAGUUACAGAUGGAGCACUGGGUUGGCGUAGCAACACAUUCAAAAGGAGAGUGAAAAAGAAAUCUCCUUCUUGUGCAAUUUGUUUUAUUUUGUAUAAGUACAAUGCUGCAUUAAAUGAAAUAUUUUUCUAAGGAAUCCUCAUAGUUUAUGGAGAUAAUAUAUACAGUAUCAAACCCUUGAACAGUUUAUUUUCGUGUGCCGUCGGUGUGGUUAUCAUAACUACAAAUGAACACUGCCAAAAUCAGUGAAUGUGCAAAUGGCUAACAUGUUGUUUGUUCAUCAUCUGCAAUAUGCCAACUAGACACAGUUCCUUGAAUCCUGGACAGAUAACUGCAGUAAUUUGACUUCUCUGGUAUUAUUUAUUUGGUAUUAAUGGACCUAUCACGCUUCAGGCUGACCAGAAAAAACUCUGUAGAAUAGGGGCUCUGCACCGCCACCCUCAAGCACAUUCAUCUUGAACGCCUUAAUAUAUUCUGUAAUUCGUGUGCAUAUCUCAUCUCCACAUGGUGUAGAUCAAUUUACAGAUGUGUAAGUGUAAGUGUUUAUGACAUGAGUAGUUAUGAAUCCUGUAUGCAGAGUCUCUAUCCUCCAGCUUGGAACUGCCUGCCCCCGUUUCUCUGCCAACAAGGUGACAGGAGAAAGAAGGUGUUUCGGGACAACGCUUCACACGCACCCUGUAAUUUAUCCAUUCUUUAGUGGAGCCCGUGCUGUUUUUCUUCAUGUUUUUUUUUGGUUUGUUUUGUUUUCUACUGAUUCUUCAGUCCAACGUUGUUUACACAAACCGAUAUUAUGUUGCAAUUUCUGUAUGGAUGUAUAAAAAAAAAAGAAAGAAAUAAUGAGAUUUAUCGUAAUAAACUGCAAAGUGAC